AUGGAGUUCCCUACUCUUCAUCCUCCUCUCGACGACUUUAUGGAGCGCUACUCGGCGUCUGCAACUCCUUUCAACGUUACGUUCUCCGAGGAUCUGCUGCCUGCGCCUUCAAAAAGCAACGAGACCAGCAGGGUUGACACCAGGGACACCACGAGCCUCAUCAUCGCCGUUUGCAUCACGGCUCUGUACUCUCUCAUCUGUGUGGUGGGACUGCUGGGAAACGUGCUUGUCAUGUACGGGGUGGUCAGAUACACUAAGAUGAAGACAGCCACCAACAUUUACAUCUUCAACCUGGCUCUGGCCGACGCUCUCGCCACCAGCACCCUCCCCUUCCAGAGCGCUAAGUACCUGAUGAACACGUGGCCCUUCGGGGAGCUGCUGUGCAAAGUCGUCAUGGCCAUCGACUACUACAACAUGUUCACCAGCAUCUUCACGCUCACCAUGAUGAGCGUGGACCGCUACAUCGCCGUGUGUCAUCCUGUGAAGGCGCUGGACUUCCGCACGCCUACCAAAGCCAAACUCAUCAACGUCUGCAUCUGGAUCCUCUCAUCUGCCGUCGGAGUCCCUGUGAUGAUCAUGGCUGUUACCAGGGUAACGAGCAAAGGAAACACUGCCUGCGGACUCAGGUUUCCCAAACCGGACUGGUACUGGGACACAGUGACAAAGAUCUGCGUGUUCAUCUUCGCCUUCGUGGUGCCCGUCCUGGUCAUCACCAUCUGCUACGGUCUGAUGAUCCUGCGGCUGAAGAGCGUCCGCCUGCUCUCCGGCUCAAAGGAGAAGGACAGGAACCUGCGGCGGAUCACCCGCAUGGUGCUGGUGGUGGUGGCGGCUUUCAUUGUCUGCUGGACUCCCAUCCACAUCUUCAUCAUCGUCAAGACCAUGGUGAAUAUAGACCACAAGAACCUCCUGGUAGUGGCCUGCUGGCACCUGUGCAUCGCCCUGGGCUACACCAACAGCAGCCUGAACCCGGUGUUGUACGCCUUUUUGGACGAGAACUUCAAGAGGUGCUUCAGGGAUUUCUGCCUGCCGUAUCGCUCUCGCUUGGAGCAGAGCAGCUUCUCCAGAGCGCGCAACAGCACGAGAGAACCGGCGUCUGUUUGCGCUCCUGCGACAAGAGAGAGGCCUCCUGCCUGA